GCAUGGCUAGCUUUCUCAUCCUGCUUAGGAGGUCACGUCCGUUCUUGGUUCACUGGAAUCUCACGGGGAUCGGGGCGUGACUACUAUGGAAGGCAGUACCUUCGUACUAUGGUCAAUACUGGCCCCGCCAUGUCCGAGCAAAUCGAACUGGACAAUAUGCUGGUAGAAUCCGACCAUGAAGAAUAA